AUGGCGGCAGCUGGACCCACACGCUCCAGGAUCGGAGCCCUCUGUCGGCAGCUCCUGCUGACCCUCUCAAUCUUAUCAUUUGCCUGUGACGCCUGCAAACAGGUGAUACUACAUGUUCCUUCCAAAUUAGAUGCUGAAAAAUUUGUUGGCAGAGUUAACCUGGAGGAGUGCUUUAAAUCUGCAAAUAUCAUUCACUCAAGUGAUCCUGAUUUCCAAAUUUUAGAAGAUGGUUCAGUCUAUACAACCAAUGCUGUUCUCCUGUCCUCAGAAACAAGGAGUUUUACCAUAUUACUUUUUAACACGGACAGCCAAGAGGAGAAGGAAAUAUCUGUCCUUUUAGAGAAAGAAACACAGGUUCAAAAGAGAAGACAUUCUAAAGAAAAAGUUCUAAGACGUGCCAAGAGAAGAUGGGCUCCUAUUCCUUGUUCCAUGAUGGAGAAUUCCUUGGGUCCUUUCCCACUUUUUCUUCAACAGGUCCAAUCUGACGUAGCCCAAAACUACACCAUAUACUAUUCCAUUAAAGGGCCUGGAGUUGACCAAGAACCUCUAAAUUUAUUUUAUGUGGAGAGGGAUACUGGAAACCUGUACUGUACUCAACGGGUAGAUCGUGAGCAAUAUGAAUCUUUUGAGCUAACUGCCUUUGCAACAACUCCAGAUGGUUAUACACCAGAAUAUCCAUUGCCUCUGAUAAUCAAAGUAGAGGAUGAAAAUGAUAAUGCCCCGAUUUUUACAGAAACAACAUACACUUUUAUGAUUCUUGAAAGCUGCAAAGUUGGUUCCAUCGUGGGACAGGUGUCUGCAACUGACAAAGAUGAGCCCGACACGAUGCACACACGCCUGAGGUACUCCAUCCUGGAACAGCUCCCGUCCUCCCCCACACUCUUCUCUAUGCAUCCAACUACAGGUGUGAUCACCACAUUGUCAUCUCAGCUUGACAGAGAGUUAAUUGAUAAAUACCAGUUGAAAAUAAAAGUACAAGAUAUGGAUGGUCAAUAUUUUGGCUUGCACACAACUGCAACUUGUAUCAUUAAUAUUGGAGAUGUGAAUGACAACUUGCCAACAUUUACCCGUACUUCUUAUGAGGCAUCAGUGGAAGAAAAUACAAUUGAUGUGGAAAUCUUACGUGUUACCGUUGAGGAUAAGGAUUUAAUUAAUACUCCUAAUUGGAGAGCUAAUUAUACCAUUUUAAAGGGCAAUGAAAAUGGAAAUUUUAAAAUUGCAACGGAUCCCAGAACCAAUGAAGGAGUUCUGUGUGUAGUUAAGCCACUGAAUUAUGAAGAAACACAAAAGGUGACCCUACAAAUUGGAGUAGUUAAUGAAGCUCCAUAUUCUAGAGAGACUAGCUCAAGAUCCGCCAUGAGUACAGCAACGGUUACUGUUAAUGUGAAAAAUCAGGAUGAGGGCCCUGAGUGCAACCCUCCAGUCCAGACUGUUCGAAUCAAAGAAAAUGCACCAGCAGGGACAAGAAGCAGUGGAUACAAAGCAUAUGACUCAGAUACAAAAAGUAGCACUGGAAUAAGGUAUAGGAAAAUAAGUGAUCCAAAAGGGUGGGUCACCAUUAAUGAAGAUUCAGGAAUAAUCACAGUUUUCCGAAGUCUUGACAGAGAGGCAGAGGCCAUCCCAAGUGGUGUAUAUAAUGUUACCGUCCUUGCGUCAGAUCAAAAUGGGAGAACUUGUACAGGGACACUGGGGAUUAUACUUGAAGAUGUGAAUGAUAAUGGCCCGUACAUACCUAAGCAGACAGUAGUAAUCUGCAAACCUACUAUGUCCUCAGCGGAGAUUGUUGCUGUUGAUCCUGAUGAACCCAUAAAUGGCCCACCAUUUGAUUUUAGUUUUAGGAGUUCCGAUUCAGAAGUACGGAAAAUGUGGAGACUGAUGAAAAUUAAUGAUACAGCGGCAAGUCUUUUUUAUCAGAAUGAUCCUCCAUUUGGGUCCUAUGUAGUACCAAUUCAGGUUACAGAUAGACUUGGCUUCUCUGCAGUCACUUCACUGAAUGUUGUUAUAUGUAACUGCAUUACCGAAAAUGACUGCACCUUUCGCACAAGUGGAAGGACUGGCAACGGAGAAGUAAAACUUGGAACGUGGGCCAUCCUGGCAAUAUUGUUGGGCAUAGCAUUGCUAUUUUGUAUACUAUUUACAUUAGUCUGUGGGACUUCUGUGAUAAACAAACAACCAAAAGAACUGCCUGAUGAUUUAGCCCAGCAGAACCUCAUUGUGUCGAACACGGAAGCUCCUGGAGAUGACAAAGUGUAUUCCACAAAUGGCUUCACAACCCAAGCUGUGGGUGCUUCUGGUCAGGGAAUUUGUGGCACCGUGGGAUCCGGAGUCAAAAAUGGAGGGCAGGAGACCAUCGAAAUGGUGAAAGGACACCAGACCCUGGACUCCUGCCGGGGGGUUGGGCAUCAUCACACGCUGGAUUCCUGCAGGGGAGGACACGUGGAGGUGGACAACUGCAGAUACACUUACUCCGAGUGGCACAGUUUCACUCAGCCCCGACUUGGAGAAAAGGUGCAUCAGUGUAAUCAGGAUGACAGUCACAAGCACGCUCAAGACUAUGUCCUUACGUAUAACUAUGAAGGAAAAGGAUCGUCAGCUGGUUCUGUGGGCUGUUGCAGUGAACGACAAGACGAAGAUGGGCUUGAAUUUUUGGAUCAUUUGGAGCCCAAAUUUAGGACACUGGCAGAAGCAUGCAUAAAGAGAUGAACAUGGUCUCAUAAGUCAACCAAAGCCAGUGGCUU